AUGGCAGAAUCAACAGAUCCCACCAUCGCCGUGCCGAAUCUUUACCACCCUCUCGAUCCAGACAUACAUGACCUGCGUCUCCUCGAAAUCUAUCCAUCAGAAGAUAGCGACUCACCAAUCCAAGCGAAAAUCUUUCCUUGUCGUUUCGAAGACGUGCGAGGCCAGUUCAUCCCUUUGUCAUAUGUCUGGGGCGAUCCAACAGACACCGAGACCAUCAUCAUCAACGAGAUCCCCAAGAAGGUUACCAAGAAUCUUGCCCUCUUCUUGCGGCAGAUACGGACCAUUCUCCCCAAAAUCCUCGCCCCCAUCUCUUGGGGAAAGCCCGCGCUCUUCUGGGCCGAUGCCAUAUGCAUUAACCAAGAUGACACAGAGGAGCGCAACCACCAAGUGCAGUUCAUGGGAUCCAUAUACGGCUCUGCGCCAGUGGUUCUUGCUUGGCUUGGGCAAGCCGAAGACUCACAUCUCGUUGCCAACAUUAUCGGCGCCUUUGCCACAUGGAUGAAAACCUGUGGAAAAAAGGCCCCAAACUCGGCCGGACACAGGGUUCGGGAUCCAAACUGUGACGGUUGGAUGGAAAGAUAUCCAGAGUUUUGGGCAUUCUCCGAUCAAACGAACCCAUACUGGGAUGCCAUUAUGAGACUGCUACAUUUACCGUAUUGGGGGCGCACCUGGAUAUUCCAAGAGAUGACGCUGCCGGCCAACGUUAUGCUCAUAUAUGAUUCAGCCCUUAUUAUGCUGUCGUCGUUGGUGGCACUCAUCAUCUGGAUAGUAGAGUUUACCGCAAGGGACAGAGACGCUUCUGAUUUUCCAUUCCUAGAGCAAGAAAACUAUCAGGCUUUACGCAGAAUGCUACAAUUUGCCUCCAGGACGGCGGUUGCCUCAAUUACAGAACCACUCAAGGCAAGGGGUCAAUUGGCCACCCAACAAUGUCCGACACUCACUCUUGUGCCAGCCUUGGCUACCCUUUGCGCGAGUGACCCACGGGAUAGAAUAUUUGGCCUCCUGGGUGUGAUGGACACGGAUCUUGUUGCAGACUACAACAAGCCUACUAUCCAAGUUUACACCGAGUUUGUCUCGGCUUGGAUGAGUGAAGUCCAGGAUCUCAACUUCCUAAUACAUGCCUGCUGCAUCCAUCACAGAGAGGGCCAACCUGGACUACCUUCGUGGGCUCCAGACUGGGGCGCCAUCUCUUGGGCUGUGAACGCGAGCAUCCCGCAUGGAAAAGACUUCUCGCGCUUUUGGAGGGAAGAGAUCUUUGGCGACGUCAAAUUUGAGGACCCGAAUGAGCCGGACGUGGCUAAUUGGGAAGACGCCGGAGCGGCUCUCCAGUGGGUGUCAGAGUAUCACAGCCCCGAGGCCCAGAGUGUCCAUAUGCAGUUGAUCUAUCCUCUCGCCUUCAGUAUCAAGUUUCUCACAAAUAAUAACUACAUGGGUGUGGCCAGUUCUGCUGAGGUAGGGGAUAAGGUUGUCGUGCUGGGCGGCUGCGACGUCCCAGUGCUCCUCAGGCCAAAGGACGGCCAUUACGAGCAUAUCAGCGCAUGUUUCGUGGCCGGCCUCAUGGAUGGGGAGGCGAAGGAUAUGGUAGACCGAGGGGAGGCGAAGCUUGAGACGUUUGACAUUCAUUAG